AUGUCGGCGAGCCGUCAGUCUACCAAAGUAUCUAUUCCCCACACCUCCGAGGAUGGGAUCUCCAUCGUUGGAUCCCUUGAACAGCUGGAACCCACUAAGCCGACCCAAGGUCGCAAGAUUGCAUUGUUCUACGCACCACACGCGUACCGAUCGGACGGUGGCAGACAUAAAGAUUACUUGUUCCAGAAACGUUUAGCACUGAGCCUUCCCUUAGAUUCUUUUCGCUUUGAUUUCCGCGGCAAUCAUGAGACAGGAGGCACGUGGAAAUAUAGUGGACUAACGGAGGACAUGGAAGACUUAUGCAUCGUCGUGGACCAUCUGACGCGCGUGUACGGCUACGAGAUCGAUUUGUUGGUUGCCCACUCGCGCGGUAGCCUCGUGGCUUUCCACUGGUUCUGCACCUCUGAAGAUGCGAAGCGCGUCGGCGGCUUGGUGAAUGUCUCAGGGCGCUACCAAAUGAACAGGAUCUACGAGCAAACGCAGCAAUACCAGGCUUCCUUCAAGGAGCGGGGGUACUAUGAUUGGGAGACCGUCGUUGCGCGGAAGCGCGUCGUUGGUCGGAUCUACCCUUCCGAUAUCGAGCAGUUCGCCAAUUGGCGUGGGACCGCCGCUGUCUGGGACAAGUUCCCGCAGCACACUGAUGUGCUCUCCGUACACGGUCUCGCGGACAAGACUGUAUCCCCGUACGACUCAAUGAUCUUCGCUCGCGCAUUGGGAGCUCGCGAGGGCGGGACGCACAACCUCCAUUACAUCGAAGACGGGGACCACAUCUUUACAGGAGUGCGUCUGCUCCCCGUCCUGCUCUGUCUUACCAUCCUAAUUGCAUCAAUCAUGGGUUUCUCCGCCAUCGCUCAGAAGCACGACGAGGUCAUCCAAACCAUCUUGGCGUGGUGGGAGAUGCGCACGCGCGGGGAACUCAGGACGGGCGUGUGGCAGACAGGCAUACGGGGCAAGCUUUGA